UUCGCGGUGGUGUAUGUCGACGCAGCCGCUGGCAACAUAAUACAGCCUGCUUUCCCUAUUUGCACACGACCUGGCGCCAUUCCCAAGCAACAGCGCCCCCUCCCAGAUCCGCUUCUUUUCCCGUUAGCUCUGAUAUUCCUCGGUGCUUCUUAAUAGUCGCCAACGGUUCUCCGACGCUUCAACUUUCGGCCUCGCAUUCGCCGCUACGGUUGUCCCCCCGUUACCUUCUCUCCCAGGGAUGUUCUGCGAUCCUCGUGUAGCUGCAGCAUUACCAGUCGGUGUCGGCGAUGGUCAGCAGUUCGCAACACGCAUUGCUCGACACCGCGACCGCUGCUUUCCCCUUUCUAUCCGUCUGUUGAAACCAGGCAGACCCUGUACAAGAUAUCGCAGUGCCCCACCAGGAUCUACGGUAUUUUUCAGUAUUUUUGGGGUCUUGACCGAAGUUUUAUUGUGACACCGUUCCAGUUUUUGAAGAUUCACGUGCUGGUCCUGUCGCGUUAAACAAGAACGUGUCUCGGCGUCUUUUCGUUCCGUUGUUGCCGUUGUCGUACUGUCAGUGACAGUAGCCCAGUGAGAGGCAGCUGCAAUGAUGGUAGCGCCCUAGACUUAAGACCGGAUCAUGGUAGCAACAGAACACACAUACGCAAAUACCUAGAGGCGACCUGCUGUCAAGCCGGCCCGCUGCUAUUGCUUCUGCAGCAAGAACGACAGUUCACAAACAACAGUGCUAGUAUAAUUCUCGUCGUCGGGACCGCCGACGGUAACAGCAAACGCACGGGCAAUAGCGACAAAACGCAGAUCAGGCUGCAAUCUGCAGCGGUGCUAUUUUGUGGUAAGUGGAACCGCCGCUUCAUCCAACAUCAUCCACUUGCCUUCGUUGCUAAGUCUGGCUAGGAGACAACGUUGUAGGCGGCAAGCCGCUGUUCAAGCCGUUCGACGUUCCAAAAAACGCGUCACGUGUGAUUGUCAGUGAAGGCCCGCGCGACCUAUAGGCGCUGACCUAUUAUUCUCGUGACACGUGCAGUUAUCUAGCUUGUACUAGCGAUGCCUGAUACCGAUUUUAGCGCAAAUGAGCCGGUGAGACGUUUCGGUGAAUUUAUUUGAUAUAUUGGUAGCAAACUGUUAAUAAUAACACUGAUAGUUUGCCCGCUUGGCGGUCAUCUGAGUGUACAGUUGAGAAGGUGUAUAACGAAUUGUACCGUUGAUUCGAAAAGGAGUAACGCUGUGCAUGUGAGUGUGACAGCGGCAUAGACUACUUAUUAUUGAUGGUUUAAAGGAGGCAGAGAAACUUGGACUCAUCAUUCAGGCCUACGUCACACAUCUAGGAAUAGAGUACUAUAGGACCUUUGUCCAAUUGAUUGUGUUGUUAUAUUUUGCGGAAAGGAUUUUUUAUAUUAAGGGAUGAACUAAACGCAGCCCUGUCUUCCAAGUUUAUCGGAUAUUUUUUCAGAGGAGCGCAAUGCAGUCGCGUAGUGCGACGAGCAGGCAGCGAGUCCCUCCUGUCGAUUACGAUGGGCCCCCUUUACCCCCUGGCCCUUCAGGGAUUCACACUGGGCAUCACGGCGGCUCGUCUGUGCAGGGACGUCAGAGAAUGUACGACCAGCAUCAUGGGCACCAACGGCGACAGUCAACGGCUUCGUUAUACCACCAUCGAAUGUCGUACGGCGAAUUUCCGACUUCGGUUCCCCGACCCCCCUCACCGCCCACUUCUGAGACGACAGAAUCCUCGUGCGACAAAGAAAGGCAGCCGAUUUUUCGGAGUCGAAGCAAAUAUGCGAUGCACCACCACGGAACGCUUAGGUCAUCGCGAAGUGUUCCUACAUUGGCCGUAGCUACUUGGGAUGGCGAACCGUGUCCUCUUCACGGUGAAACCUGGGGCCUACAUGGUGGGGGGAGUGUUACACCCGUCCCCUUGUCACGUUUUGCGUCUACACUAAACAUAAACGCAUUGAGUGGUCCCACGUUGCUGCGGCCGCCGACGCGCAGCAUUGUUGUUCCGCCAACCCCGUUUCCACUGCCACCUCCCCCAGGGCAUUUUCUUCCACCGCCUCCUCAACAUCAUCACCCACACCUAGGCCCUCCACUGCCGACCUUUAUGCCAAUGCGGAUGAGGUAUAACUUAGCCGACCUACAUCGUGGUGCACUUUUCCCACUGGGGCCCCGAAGCCUCUUCGGACCUCUUGGCCCAUUCGGGCCCCCUUUUCCAUUCGAAUAUAAAGCAGCGCAGGAACUUUUCGACGACGAAUUAGAUGAACCCGUUUGUCGAGGACAACUUAUCGUCGUCUGGCUCAUCGUCAUCAUUAUCACGACUGGAAUUAUCCUUGGGAUUGUACUUAGCCUUACUGUCGCAUAGCAACAGCCAAUAGGCUACGAACAAAAAAAAAACUCAUAAAACAUGAGGCGUUUGCUUGUGAUAGAACAUCUGUUACAGGGCCAGAUUCUAUGUGCUGAAGCUUUCGGGAUUGAUUAGUAAAUGGCACCUGUAAUAUAGUAAAAUAUAGAUAAAAUGUCUAAUGAAAAGUUAAUGUCGUAUAUGAAAAUUAUCAAUUAUAGAAAGUUCAUAAGAACAACUAUAUUUCAACUAUAAUUACCUCGUAACAUAUUGCAACGUUUUAUCAGUUGAGAGAGAAAAGUCGUCUUAGACCUAGAGUACAUUUUUAUGGACGUUUUACGUAAUUGACGUCCAAUGUAACCCCGAAUAAUCUAAACAUUACAUUACACUAAUUAGAUAUCGUUGUAAUCAAGGAUUUUUUACUUUAGCGCGGAGAUCGCAAUAGUCCGAAUUGAAUAGUAAGAAUAAGUUAGCAGGCAAGAUCUUUCAACGCAAUACGACGGCAGCUUCUUUAAUUAAGUUCAACUGUAGCUUUUACCCGGAAAUCGAUCGUUCCUUUCAUUUUCGUUUUCUUCGUUCAUAUUCAUUUUGAUCAACGGUCAACUUCGGUGUAUACGCCAUUAUAUUGGGGGCUUACAUGUUAGCACCCCCCGUGUUGUAACAUGCUGCUCAAUCUAUCCAUGCGAUCAGAUCUACCGCCUUCGUACAAAUCAAUCAUAAAUAAAACUGAUCAUGACCAAACGCUAUGAAGCCGACAUCGGACGUCCAACGGAAUCAGCGAUUAGCGUGUUCCUCGUUCUAUUAAUUCAAUGUGGUUAACUUGAUAUAUUGCAAAAACUGCUGAAGUACUCAGAUAAGCGAUUCUGCACGUGUAUUCACACACAGUCAUACGGCAUGCUUGUCAGAUGUUCAGAGUGCUUUCGUGAUGCACAUUUGUUUGAGUCGUGAGCUGAGUGAAGACAUCAAAUUUGGAUAAAGCAGUUCCACUGUUGUUUCUUUUAAAUUUUAUCAGAAUAUCUCCUUUCAGUCAGAGAUCUGACCAUAUUGUUGGGCAUGUGACGUUAUUUCCGAUCCUACAUUGAAGGAGCAACUUUUCCUGAUCAGCAUCGGACCUCUUGAUUUGGUGCUCAUCAUUCUCGGUAGCUUUACCACGGCCUUUAGCGUCAAUUGGCCUCGGGCAGAGAAAGACACCGCUCUGACGAGCAGUAUUCAAGCUGCUGGUUAACGUCUCGUUAUUUCAGCUUAGGCAUAUGCCGAUAAUGACGACCCUUUGGUGGUUGCACCACCACUGGUAGAUAAGUUGUCAUUUGGAGGUAAAUAAUAGGUGUAUAUAGGAAGAACUGAUAGAAGCUGUCAUGAACGUUACUUGUCAAGUGACGUUUCCAGCUGAAGAGCUGAAUCCGUUUUAUUUGGGAUAACGUUACGGCUUGACAACAUGUUUACGUACCUGGUAGUCGGUUACCUUUGAAGGUGACAAAGAACCGGUAUAGUAUAUAAAACAAAAAAAAAUGAACAAGAUGGGUUCCGUAUCUAGCCUCAUUUGAUAUCAAAUUUAAAGUAAAGUCUUAAAAAACGUAACGAUAUAUAAGAUCAUGUACGCGUAUCAGUAGUAUUAUUACGGGGAGAUUGAGUUGAGAUUAGCGAAGGAACAGUGCAAUCUAAUGUUUGUUGGUUGACAUUUAUGGGACAUGAAUGAUUUUUAUAAAUAGGUACCUGGCACACUGAUUUAGGCCUAAUCGAAAAGAACACUUGUGACAAUUUUCACAACAAUAAAUAGAGAAAUGUAGUUAUGCAAAGUGUAUAAGCCUAAAUGGCGUACAUUUUCCGAUAUUUUAACGUAUUUUUAUUAAAAUUUGCAAAGCGAAUGAAGUAAAUUUAUAGUAGUGGACGUUAUCUUUGGAUGCAUUGACCAAUCACUAAACAUAUAUGACUGAAAGAGAAACCUGCCAAAAAAAAAUAGCCACCUACUAGCCCUAUCUUUAUGGAAUGACACCAUCUUUUAUUGAAUGUUUCAUUAAAGUACGGUAGAGUUUAUGCCAAUGUUUGUAGAUGCCUUACUCGGAUCUUGUAAGGGUAAGAACGACAGUUUCCGUUUGUUAAAAAAAAAGUCAUCGAUUAUUUUAGUUCAUCUGUCGUUCAAUAUCCGUCAUAUAUAUAUAUAUAUAUAUAUAUAUAUAUAUAUAUAUAUAUAUAUGAAGGAUAUAUAAGUCCAAGUGCAGUGCUCUAUAAGAGGUAGAAAAAACAUUUGCAUCGUGACUAUUGUGAUGAUACACUGCGAUCAAGUGCAUCGGGAGCAAAGAUAAGAAUCUUUUACUAUUUGCAUAGGGAUUUUAUGCAGCCAGUGAAUGAAGGUUGUUGAAGCCAAACGUGUUUGUGAUGUGUCGCGUUGCUAUUUAUUUAGCAUGAUAAAGUACAAUGAUAUCCGUUCAUAAGACAGAAAAUACCCGUU